GGAACACGUAGGGUCUAUGUCAGUGGGAAUAUAGUGUGUGUAGAUUUCAGGUGUUUGUGUAGACUGCUACAGAUUCUAAUUGUAUUUCAUUUUCCAAAUAUUUGAAAUGGCCACUUCUGAUAGUGAAGAUUUUGAGAGUGCAGAUGAAGACAUAGAAAUUCGGAGUGAUCACACAGCAUUGUGUUCUGCUGAGAAAGAGAAAGAAUCAGACGCACAUUCAAGAAAUGAAGACGGUGACAACAAAAGAGAGAAGGCUCUUGUUCACCUCAUGAAUGAAAUUGGAAGUGGAAAAUUGCAGGAAUAUGCUCCUAAUUGUAUAAAAGAUCCAGAGGUCUUUGAUAGUUGUAAUGAGGCCGAUAAGUUAGAUAGUGCACACUUAGGAGCAGGGAGUGAUGUAAAUAUUUCAUAUGAAGGACCCAUAAAAGAUAAAACCAAAGACAAUAAAAAAAGGGAACAUGUAAAAAGGCAUCAAAAGCCAAGGGAACCAAAAUCUAGUAGAUCAGUAAAAAAGCUUGGUACCAAAAUUUCUUCCAGUGUUUUAUAUACAAGUUCAGAAAGUGAACGAGAGAAAGUGAAACAAGAUUUGCUUUCAUCAGAAAAAUGUGAGGAGACAAGUAACCGGGCUCUUGCUGAUACUCAUGAUGAGAAAGAAGGAAAGAGCAUUCAAAGUCCUUCACACAGAAUGGAAAAUUUGGAACAAGAACUUGGAAAGUUGUCUGUUGAGGGCAGAGAACAUGAUAUAGCAUCGGUUCUGGAAAAUUUGUCACAGUCUGCAUCAGAGAAGGAAACAGAAGCUGACGGUAACUGGGGAGGAUGGGGUGGUUGGGGAGUCACCUCAUUAUUGUCAACAGCAACAGAGAGUGUGUCAACCUUAACUACACAUGUCUCACAGGGCUUGAGUACUGUUUUGGAGACAGGCAUUGGUGCUCCAGAUCCUGAAGAACUAGCUUGGCUGGAAAAGAAGGAAGAACUGAAGCAACACAAGGAAAAGAAACAAAAUGAAACAAAUGAAUUUUCAGAGUUGCAACAUCAAGAAGAGCAGAAAGCUGAAGCUGAGUCAACUGGUCUCUUUGGGUUUGGACAUCUCAUGUCUGGUGUGUCAUCAAUAACAAGACUGGUGGAGAGCACAGGAAGCAGAGUUUUGACUGGAGGUUUGGAUACCCUGGAGACAAUCGGCAAGAAGACAAUGGAAGUGCUGCAAGAAGGUGAUCCUGGACUGAAGAAGAAGAGAGCAUUGUUUACAAAUAGAACUGUACUCUCACAGGUGCUGAGAGAAGCAAAGGAGAAGGCUGAGAGAGAAACAAAAGAAGUUGAAGAUAACAAGGCUGCAAGGAAAGCACAUUUUGAAACACUAUUUGAUGAUUAUCAAGGGCUGGUACACUUGGAAGCACUGGAGAUGUUAUCGAAGCAGUGCGACAUCAAGCUGCAGUCCUUGCUGUUGACCAGCAGUGGGACAGCUCUUAGUGAGCUCCAACAGUCUCUGCAGGAAGUGAAGGAUCUGUGUCAGCUCCCAGAUGAUGAAGACACCGAGGAAGAAGAGGGUGAUGCUGUGGACUGGAGAGGAAAGCUCGAUGCUGCAACUGAGGGACUAGGAGUCCCUGUUGCUACCGAUAAACUGAACAGGACAUGGGACAUGGCACAGGGUUGGCUUGGAGACUGUCGUGCCAGUCAGAAAUCCCCAGACAGUGAUAAAGUAGUUAAUGCACGUGACAUUCAUCAGAAAGCAAUCGCAACUCUGGCACAGUUUACGGCUGAAUCUGUUGAACAGUUCCACAAAGCUGCUGAGCUCCUACUCAUUAAAGAUGGUCGGAGUCCCACAGAAGAAGCACAGACUUUACUGCAGGUCACAUCCAUUCUGUCAUCUCAAGUCAGUGCUGUGGCCACUGCCUUCUCUGAAUGCCUGAAUGCUGCCACAGAAAAUUCAUCUGAUCCUGAUGCUGUUAAUACACUUAUCACUAGUGUGUUUCUAGAGGCAGCCAACAGCAGCUCAUACAUCCAGGAAGCAUUCCAACUGUUGGUGCCUGUGCUGGAAGUUGCAUUGAUCAAGUAGGGCAGCUGCUGUGUUGUGUGUGCAGAAUUAUCUCACAGCAAGGAACCAGGACUGAAGUGAAGCAAAGCGCUGGGGAGUUUGACAACGCAGUCUUCGCUUCCAGUUUUAUGUUAUAACUUAUCUUGUAGUGACAUUCCAAGUGCAUAAGCACAAAUUGUAUAUUGUGGUAGCUCUGGUUUGUACUUCCUGUUCAUGUGUGGCAGAAAAUCAGACAAGUAGUAUGCUGACAUCUGUGGUACCAGUGUCAGCUUAGGUUUCUGGGUGGUGGAUUCAAAGUUGCGCUCAGUUAUCCUACCUUGAUACUAUCAUCAUAAGGCCACACUGAAGUUGAUUUUUUAAAUACUGUUGAGGCGUUGUUCUAGGGUAGUGAUGAGGAGGGGGAGGGAGACAGGAAAUUUACUAAAGAAGAUGUUGAGUGUUGUGAAUCUUGGAUAGCAGGGUUGAAAGAAGAGGCAGUGAAAUGAGGGGUGAAGGGUGUGAGAGAAUUGUAUCUGUACAUAGAGGAAUUAAAUUUUGCAUGCAUGAAAAGUGCUGAAGUAAAGUUACCAUGGUACUCAAAACAUUAAUGUACAUAAAAUAAAAUAAACAGAACUUUUGUGUGUGACAUA